UCCUCGUCUUCUGCAUCCCUCUCAUCAUCAUUAUCAUCAUCAUCAUGGCGGUUCGCGAGGACGUCAGCGAGGAGACUUCUAAAGUCAAGUUGUUGUCUUCCGCCUUCGGGAGUGACAAGUCCAGACUCCACGGUUCCGGGUACCGGUCCAAAGGGUUCGCCAUCACGGACUUGCUGGGUCUGGAGUCGGACUUGCAGGCGGUGCGCCAGCAGCCCGGCGGGCCGCCUGGCUCCGGCUCGGCGGCGGCGGUCGAGCCUCAGGGCGCCGGCGGAGGAGUCCUCGGGGGCGGCUUCUCGUUCCCGGGCAGCUCGCUUCCGCUGGGUCUGGGCUUCCUGUGCAGUCUGGCGGCCCAGCAGCCCCCCGGGGCGCCGUGCUUCCUGCCCGGACACCUGCCCCUCCUCCAGGCCCGGCCCGACAGCCACUACCUGCACAGUCUGGAGGCCCAGAGGGACGCCUUCUCCGAUGAGGAGGUUCUGUCCGACCACAACGAGUCCAAAACUUGUGGAAGUUCUCAGAAGAGGAAGAAGCGCCGACACAGGACCGUGUUUACGUCCCACCAGCUGGAGGAGCUGGAGAAGGCCUUCCACGAGGCGCACUACCCGGACGUAUACGCGCGCGAGAUGCUGGCCGUCAAGACCGAGCUGCCCGAGGACCGCAUACAGGUGUGGUUCCAGAACCGGCGCGCAAAGUGGCGUAAGCGCGAGAAGUGCUGGGGUCGCAGCAGCGUCAUGGCCGAGUACGGCCUGUACGGCGCCAUGGUGCGCCACUCCAUCCCGCUCCCAGAGUCCAUCCUCAACUCGGCCAAGAACGGAAUGAUGGGAUCGUGCGCGCCCUGGCUGCUCGGUGAGCCGCAUGCACGAAUGCACAAGAAGUCGCUGGAAAUGUCCAAAAAAUGCCCCGCGUCCAGCCCCGCCGAUUCGGACUCGAAGCGCUCCGACUCGUUCUGCGAGGCGCCCGAGGCCCGGGAGGCGGAGCAUGUUCGCGUCGGAGGAGAGGAGUUCCCCGAGGAGGAGGAGACGGAGGAGGAGGUGGCCAUGGACUUGUCCAGCUCCUCCAAACAGUCGCACGAGGAGGCCUCGUCGCCGCGGCGACACGGCGGGAGCAGAGCGGACGAGCGGUCCUGAGGGGGGUCGCGGCAUCCUCUGUUGCCAUGGCAACCCCCGCACCGCGCGGCAACAUUUGCACAGGAGCGCUGGCCUUUAGCCUCUAGCAGCUAAAUGCUAAUCGAGAGAGAGAGAAUGUUUACGUUAGCGUCUUUAGCAACUGGACCCCUGUCAAUAAUUAUUUGUAAAUGUUUAUUUAUUGAUUGUACUGAAAAAAGGUGUUUUAUAUUGUCAAUUUGUUUACUUUUGUCUUGUCUGUAAUAUUUAAAAAGUUUUUUUAUUAUUGUAACAGCAAGAGCAGCUGCGCAAUAAAGACAAGAGUAUUUUU